UUUAGAUUGCUAGUUUUUCGGGGAAAAGGUUCAAAUAAGUUAAGAUUGAAAUCUUGCUCAUGGGUUUAAAAAGUUAACUUCUCUUUACCAAUAAUAGUCCGACUCCUACACAAAUAAUUGUUGACUCUGUCAGGAAACUACAAUACCCAGGAUGCAAAAUCUCCCCAGGAAGGGAAGUCUAUUUCUAAGCCGCUUUGAUAAAAAAAAGCCAACAGCUGAAGUAUUGUGUUACACGAGAGGAACCUGACUACCCUUAAAUAGUGCAAGGGCGAGAGAAAGUAACCCGACUGGUCACCCACUUUAAAUCUCACCCGAAAAUGACGUGGAACUUAAGAAAACCGCUUCUAGGUUUGGCAUCAGAAAUUUGGAUCUCAAGUUGUGCCAGAAGACGCAGCGCGGGGGUCGAGAUGUAACUGGCCUCUAUGGAUUUAUACUUUACCAAGUGAUGUUGUAUUUUUUUUAUUUUUGCGAUGGACAUUGGUUUUCAUAUUAUGGAUCUACAAUCGACGCGGGUGUUGACUAGAGCGUAAUUGGUCGUAAUGCCGAACAAUUGGACGGAACGUAACAGGUGUUACUCGGAUAUUUUUUAUUUCCUAUCAAAUACGCGCGUGAGCUGACAAAUUUCAUUUGGGGAUAAAUAAAUAGACUAUAGUUGCAUAUUUAUUAUAUUUCAUGUUUAUUUAAGUAUGCCAUUUAUAACCCAUAUUUAGGGUAAGACUACAUUUAUUUUAUUGUUAAAUUUCAGCUAAUUUUAAAGAGGAAACCCCUGGGCUUUAUAAAUGCAGGGAAAUGACAGUCAUAAAAUUAUACAGUACAAAUGAAACCUGAAACCUUGAAGCUGUUGAUCUAGUCCUUUUGGUUAUUGGCAUAUCCAGAAUCAUGUCAUGUGCCCACUUUCUCCCCUGAUGAGUAUUGAUCAUUGGAUGAUCCUGAUGGGUGUUGCUGCUGACGGACUCCACGAUGGGAUGUGUACACAGCGUAAAACUGAAACCAAGCUUUCAGGAAAACAUCACAGUUCUGGACCUGCAAGCUUCCAUCGAUCCCAGUCCGACUCUCAUCGAUGAAUCCUCCAAUGUGGUUCUGAGAUACCGCACGCCUUACUUCAGGGCUUCAGCUCAGGUUCAGGUGCCCCCUAUAGUGUGUAAAGAGAUCUGGACUGUUGGCUGGAUCCAGGCUUGCAAUCAAAUGGACUUCUUCAAUGUAUAUGAAAACGAAGGAGUAUCCAGCUGGGAACUACCGGAGCUAAAAUGCGGGCACAUCCAAGCAAUCAGUGAUUCUGACGGCAUACAUUAUCCUUGGUAUGGCUACACCACCGAACUGUACACAAUCGUGGGUCCUACUAAGAAAAGAACCAAACUCACCAUCAGUAUGAACGAUAACUUCUGCCCAAGUGUAACCUGGAGCGUCCCUGUGGGCACCACCAGCAGUCCUCCUCUCCUCAGCUCCAUCCAAAGGGACCAGCUCUUCACCACUUGGCUGGUAGCCAUGAAGGAAGCCACCGGCGAGAUGGUGUUACUCAGAACAAUCCGCUGGAGAAUGCAGCUGUCCAUUAAAGUGGAUGCAAAGAAGCCUCUGGGCCAAAGAGCCGUGCUUGUGGAGCCCCUGAUCCAGGAACAGCCUCAAGUCUUGAUGAAGAACGAACCCAUCCCAUUAAAUGCCUUAGAUAAGCCUAACGCAAAUGAUGCCCAGGUUUUGAUAUGGCAGCCGAGAAAUGGGAGGCCUAUUGUAGUCAUCCCUCCAAAAUAUUGAACUUUAAUGUUUGAAGCUUAUUUAAAUUAUGGCAUGAAGUGAAUGAGUGAGAAUAUGAUUAACAGGGCCAUUGAUUUAAAGUUUUAGUCAAAAUUUGUGUAUUUUUUGAUGGUUGGUAUAGGCUUUAAAAACACACGUCGCGCUGUGUAUUUUUUGUAUCGUAGAGAAGCCUGAGAAUAUUUUAGUGUCUGGUUAUUUUAAUAUUUGUAAUUUGUAAAACAAAACAUUUUGUGGCCUUUACAUACGUCACUCUGGAGUGAAAUGUUGCCUUUGGCUUAUAUACUGUAUUUCUAGUGCAUGUCAAAUUGAAAUCAGACAGUAUGAGCUCAUAUGCAUUUUAAUAUUUGAGGCAUAUUAUUUUUCAGACAUGCCCAAAGUUUUACAAACUACUGAUAAUAUUUCCUUUUGUUUUUAUGUAGUUACAGAAGACACAUUUGCAAACAUAUGUUUUAGGAGGUUAAGACUAAACUAGUACUGUGAAUUAUUUCUGGUUUUUUUCCAAUCUUUUAAGAGACGGUAAGGUUUGCUGGAGCACAAGAUGUUUCAGGUACUUUUGUAGAUUUUGGGAGUUUUGGAGCACAGACAGACAGUACCCGUCUAAUGUAUUUUCAUGUGUGACAAUAAAUUCACAAAACUUUACAAAAGUCACAACGGGAAUUUAGCUUUGGGCAGUUGGUUAAGAUACACUAUUUGGAGAAAAGUAUUGGGACGCCCCCUUCUAAUGAACAGGUUUGACUACUUUAGUCAUUUCUGUGAGCACAGAUCUUAAAGGAA